AUGGAUAAGCUUUCUGGACUCGCAUCAAAGCUCAAGGGCGGUAGCUCCUCUGGCUCAUCCUCAAACAACCAGGCUGGUGGACAGGAAGACUACGUCGACAAGGCUCUCGAUGCUGGUGAGCGAAAGUUCGGCGGCGGCAAGGUCGACCCUGCUAAGAUGCGCUCCGCCAACGAGAAAAUCACCGACACUGCUCGUGAGAAGUUCGAAAGUGCCACUGGAAAGAAGGUUCCGGAGAAGAUUUCCAACUAG